AUGCAUCACGGGCGCAAUCUGCGAAUUUUUGGAUUAGUCAAUCUGGAUGGCUCAGACACGGCGCUGCCUCCGGGCCGUCGAGCACGGACGCGGAUCUGUAACAAGGCGGCGGCAUCACCAGCGGCAUCAUCGCUGUCGUCAGGCUCACACCGGUUCAUCGUGGGUGGUUGGUCUGUCUGCCUGACCCAGAGCGCCGGUCGGUACUUGGAGUCGGGCUGUAGGGCUGGCUGGCAGACGAGAGAUGAGGGCGAUUUCAGAUGCAACAAUCUGGUCCAUGGCCAAAGCUCAGGUUGGCUUGCUACCCGAUACGGCGCCGUGUGCUGUGCCACGACAGAGAUGCAGCCAAUUCUCUGCUGUUCCAGCGCGGGCGUACGCGGUGCGGGAGGUCUGGGACGUCUGGGCAAGGAUGUUGUUGGCCAGCAGCAUCUCAGAGCCCCAUCCGACGCCGCCCAUUGGCUGCCCUGGGGCGCAUCCUUUGAUCAACUUGUGCUGUCCUGCUGGGAUGCGGUGGGAUGGUCGGGCCUGGUUCAGCCCUACACGCCACCCCCCCUUGGACUUGAGCGAUCCAAUGAUCCGCCUCCGGCCCCCUCCCAGGUCCCCUCUCCCGGGAAGCGGACCAGGGUGCAACGAGACCGUUUGGUUUCCAUCUGGCGGACCCAGCAAAGACGUGGCGUUUCCCCUGCCAUUGGCCGCGUUGCGCGGGUCGCCGUCUUUCAAAUCGGCGGUGCUGCAGUGCCAGAGAUUCGGCGAGCAACCAGGGGAAUGUACGUCUUCAGCCCUCUGGGUUUCCCACAGGUUCUCGCAUCCCCCGAAACAGGAAUCGCGCCCUGGCUGUCGCUCGAGAUUUGA